CCAUAAUGCUAAUUUCUCCGGCCCACGCAAGGCCAACAACUGCUCUCCCAAGUCCCAAGCCGAAGAACCCUAGGCGGUGGCGGCGCAUACGGCAUCAUCCCCCACCGUAGUGGCAGCGAUCUCCAACUCCAAUAGCAGAGGAGGCUCCGUAGAGGCGGAAAGGCGCGAGGCUUCCGUCGAGAUCGCAUCAGCAGAAGCAACGCAGGCGUCGGCGUGCGACAGGAGAGGACGGAGAUGACGCAGAAGCAGACCCUGUUCAAGGGGCAGAGCAAGAAGAAGACCAUCCCUCCCAACCGCCACGGCAAGGCGCCCCAUGUUCGUAAAGGGAAGAGGGCCGUCAAGCCCACAAAGUUCACCAAGGACAUGGACGCCGACAAGGAACUCACCAAGUUCAUCAACCAGUGCAACGAAAUAAAAGCUGCAAAUCUUGCUAGCAAAGAGGGCGGUGACCUCAACAUAUUGAAGGCUGAUGGCGAUCAAUCUAAAUCAAAGAAGUAGGAAGUCAGCAACUGAAGUUGAGUAUGUGAAACGUGAUAUGUAGUAGGUAAUGCGAUGUGUUCUGCUGAAGAAAUUCAGUUCCAUAUGGCUGGGUAGAUGAAUCUGUUUAGCGCAAAGUGACGGUGUAACUGCAACCAUGCAACCAUGGUAAUGGCUUGCAAGUUUUGUUCUGUGUCAUCUCUAUUUUUGCAAUUAUUAUAUUGAAGCUUGUGUGUAAUAUCUGAUCCGUUGAAUAUAUUUUUUUA